AUGGGCCUCGCUGAGAAGAUAGCCCAGGCUGUGGGCAUGUUGGGCUCGAUUCGGAGGUUGAAGGAUUAUGAGAGUGUCCAGUUGACGGAGGAAUGUAGUGCCAUAGUGCAGCAAAAGCUUCCAAUUAAGAAGAAAGAUCCAGGAAGUUUCACCAUUCCUCGCACUAUUGGCAGUACAGUGAUUGAAAGGGCACUAUGUACUUUGGUAUUGAGAAUUGCGGAUGAAGAAGUCACGUUCAAAGUGUUUGACACUACCAAGUACCCGAAUGACGAGGAAUCUUGUCUUUGCGUAGACUCGGUGGACCAUAUCUUGGCUCAUACUUAUUCCAUAAAUUCUUGCCAAGACCCUCUUGAGUCUUGUUUGGUGAAUGGAGAUGCUCUCGAAUAUGGUGAUGAUGAAAUGGUGGAGUUUAUGAACUGGUUAGAAUCGAUGCAAGAGGCUAAACCAAGAAGAUUCCAGGGAUUUGAACCGCUUGGUGUCUUGUCUUCAAGGCCACAACCAAGUAUCAUAGAAGCUCCAACACUCACCUUGAAACCUCUUCCGUCCCAUCUUCGGUAUGCUUACUUGGGGAAUUCUACUACCUUGCCGGUUAUUAUCUCUUCGAAGUUGAAUACGGAAGAAGAGGACAAACUUUUAAGAGUAUUAAGGGAGCACAAAAUGGCUUUGGGGUGGACAAUAGCAGAUAUUCGGGGAAUCAGCCCCACUAUGUCUUUUGCUUAUAAAAGGAUGCCUUUCGGCUUAUGUAAUGCGCCGGCCACCUUUCAACGAUGUAUGAUGAGUAUUUUCAGUGAUAUGGUGGAGCACACAAUUGAGGUAUUCAUGGAUGAUUUUUUUGUUUUUGGCUCAUCAUUUGACUCUUGUUUGAAAAAUUUAUCUAUGGUGCUCCAAAGAUGUGAAGAGACUAAUUUAGUGCUCAAUUGGGAGAAAUGCCAUUUCAUGGUGCAAGAAGGGAUAGUCUUGGGCUUCUAUAGGCGUUUCAUCAAGGAUUUUUCAAAAAUCACAAAGCCUUUGUGUGAAUUAUUGUUGAAAGAUGUUAAGUUUCAUUUUACAAAGGAGUGCUUGGAAGCCUAUACCACUCUCAAGGAAAGGCUUACUACAGCCUCUAUUAUCACUUCUCCGGAUUGGAACAUUCCAUUUGAGCUCAUGUGUGAUGCUAGUGACUACGCUAUGGGAGCGGUUCUCGGUCAAAGGAAGAAUAAAAUUCUGUAUGUUAUUUACUAUGCUAGUCGUACUCUAAAUGAUGCUCAACUCAAUUACACAACAACGGAGAAAGAACUUUUGGCGGUUGUCUUUGCUCUUGACAAGUUCCGAUCAUACUUGAUUGGCUUUAAAGUCAUUGUAUACACUGAUCAUGCAGCCUUGCGCUAUUUAUUAAUGAAGAAGGAAGCCAAGCCAAGGUUGAUUCGAUGGAUUCUUCUAUUACAAGAAUUUGACUUGAAAAUUCGAGAUAAAAAGGGAUCCGAGAAUGUGGUGGCGGAUCACUUAUCUAGAAUAUUGGAUGGGCGUGAAGAAGCGACCAUUCCUAUCAAAGAAACAUUUCCAGAUGAACAAUUGUUUGCUAUUCACUCUUCUACAACUCCUUGGUAUGCUGAUUUUGUAAAUUAUUUGGCCAAGGAGAUCCUUCCUCCGGAUUUAUCUCAUUCUCAAAGGAAAAGAUUCCUCUAUCUUCUUUUUGAUGUGUGGGGCAUAGAUUUUAUGGGGCCAUUCCCUAAUUCUUUGGGAAAUUACUAUAUCCUUGUGGUGGUUGACUAUGUUUCUAAAUGGGUGGAGGUCAUGGCGUUACCCACCAAUGAUUCAAAAAGGGUGUUGAAGUUUUUGAAGAAGAAUAUUUUUACAAGAUUUGGUACCCCGAGGGCGAUUAUUAGUGAUGGGGGUACCCACUUUUGCAACCGGCAAUUCAAUUCAUUGCUUGCCAAAUAUGGCAUUACUCACAAGGUAGCUACUCCUUACCAUCCUCAAACAAGUGGUCAAGUGGAGAUUUCUAAUAGAGAGUUGAAGAAAAUUCUUGAAAAAACGGUCAAUGCCUCAAGGAAGGAUUGGUCUUUAAAGCUAGAUGAUGCUUUGUGGGCUUACCGUACAGCUUUCAAAACUCCUAUUGGCAUGUCUCCCUUCCGCUUGGUAUUUGGGAAAGCUUGUCAUCUCCCGGUUGAAUUGGAGCACAAAGCCUUUUGGGCUAUUAAAUUCCUGAAUUUUGACAUGGCUAGUGCGGGAGAACAACGGUUAUUGCAAUUGAAUGAGCUUGAUGAAAUUCGCCUUGAUGCUUAUGAGAAUGCAAAAAUCUAUAAGGAGCGGACCAAGAAAUGGCAUGAUAGUCAUAUUGUUCGGAAGGAGUUCAAGGUGGGGCAACAAGUGCUGCUAUUCAAUUCAAGACUCCGUCUAUUUCCGGGCAAGCUCAAAUCGCGAUGGUCCGGACCUUUUGUAGUUACCGCGGUGUUUCCUCAUGGCGCCGUUGAGAUACAGCAUGAAACUAUGGGAACUUCAUUCAAGGUGAAUGGGCAGAGAUUGAAGCCUUAUUAUGCAUGUUUUGGUGCAAGAUAUGCAGAAUUGUGCAAAUAUGGACAGGGGCAAAAUCCGAUCGAUCGGAAUUUAAUUCCGAUCGAUCGGAGCGGCCCGGUUCUUCCCCCUUCUUCAUCAGUUUUCUUUCACGUUUUCUUUCAUUCAUUCAUUUCUCUCACUUGGGUUCAUCUCCCUCUCAGAAUGGGACGACGCAAGGCAGCUGAGGCGUCCGGUUCCACCACACCACCACCCUCCCCCAAGCGAGCGCGGGGCACUAAGAAGAAGACUUUGGCACCUCCGCGUCCGCGACCAUCGGAGGAUAACUUUGCUUCUGCCCGUAUUGAGCCAGAUUGGAGGAUUGAUAUUGCUAUCAUGAUGCAGCAGCUGAACUUGUGGGCCAGGAAUUAUUUACAUCGCGCCCGGUUAGACUUCUUAUGGGACUAUGCUCCGACCGCGAUUGUUGUUUAUCCCACCUUGAUCCGGGCAUUUUAUCGUACUUUGCGAACAGUUGAUUCCCGCGAGGGCGACGACGGUCCCGAGCAUUACACUGUGAGAAUACCCAAGGGUGACAGAGGAGCAGUUUCAUAUACAUUCACUACUGCUGAUAUAUGUGAUGCUCUUGGCUAUCCAUCUUCUUAUUCAGAGGAUCUCCUAGUCGGCCCUCCGGUAGAGGUGGACCACACCACCAUGUUCCACACAUUGGUUCCAGAUCCAGCUGUCCGACAAAAGAAUAGACAGGCUGCCACGAGAGGCUCCAUCCCCUCCCGCCUAUGGGUUAUUGACAGUAUGAUAAAGAAAAAUUUAUGGCCCCAUGGCCAUAAAUCUGAGAGACGCGGCCCAGCCUUGGAGUUACUUUAUUUCUUCCAUCAGGAGUGCUGGUUUGAUAUUGGCUAUUAUUUUGUGCGCGCCAUGCUGCACUGCACCACGGAGGUGCGUGAGGGGAAAAAGAUGCAGUUGUUCUUUCCCCGGUUGAUCACUCGUUUGCUCGGCCAUUUGGGCCACCAGCUACCAGCCACCGGCGAUGCUGCUCCUUUUCUUUCUGAGCUCUCCCCAGCCGACUGGAAUCUGCGUACUGGUCAUCUCCCUCCAGCUGUUGAUCCGGCUGCUGAGCCGGCUGAUUCCAGUCCCCCGUCCAGUCCGGCUGAUCCAUCACAUGUUCGCUCUACUGAGGAGCGGUUAGAGGCCAUUGAGAUGUUUCAGAUAGAGACACGUGACCAGCUGGCUGCUAUUCGUGCUCAGCAGUCGGAGAUGGUUGCUCUUUUACUCCAGCUGUCCAUGCAGUCUUUUUCUGCGCCAGCCGCUCCUGCACCUGCUUCUGCUUCUGCGGGGCCAUCCACUGUUUCUUUUCCAUCCAGGCGUCGUUCCUUCUGA